AUGCCAUGCCUCGAUGCCACUAGGUCUUUGAGUUUGAGCCGGAUGAGACAAUUGUGGAUUGAACCCAAUGUCGUGACGUAUACUGCAGCCAUGGCUUGUGGACAGUGGCAACUUCCAUUGAAGAUCUGCAAGAUGAACACAGUGACCUCCAAUGCCAAGCUCAAUUGCCUUGUGUCGACUUCAGGACAUUGGGAUCAAGCUGUUGAGACACUACUGCAAAUGAGGCUGGCGCGGAUGGGAGUGACUUGUGUGAGCUUCAACUCCGUCAUGAAUGCACAGGUCUUUUGGCCAGAUGCCUUGGGCUUCGUGCAGGCCAUACAAGCAUUCUUGGAUUUGAUGGCCACGGCGCGCUUCUUGGCCACUUGCGUGUGCCUCAACUUUGCAUGGGCAGCAGACCAGAAUGAGAACUGCGCUACCUGGGCAGCUGCUGGGGAAUGUACUCGGAAUGCCGCCUACAUGCUGAAGGCUUGUUCUGCGAGCUGCUCGUCAAGCAAGGAUGCAUCGAAAUGCCGUGAAUGGGCUGCUGCGGGCCAGUGUGGGAAAAACGCAGCUUUCAUGAUGAAAGAAUGUGCAAGCUUUUGCCCCUCCCAGCGGGGAGAGAUGGAGGAGUGUGAGCAGUGGGCACGUAUGGGGGAGUGUGAUCAGAACCCUGACUUCAUGCUUCAGAAGUGUGCCUCAACAUGCGGCUCGCUCCUGAAGCAGGGGUCGAAGAAGGCUGACGCCACUCAGGGUGCAGAGAAGGCGGAGGCCCUGCUCCAAAAAGCUCGAAAGGAGAUGGAGGAGCUGCAGAAGCGCCUAUCGGAAAAGAACAAAGUUGCACUUCAGGAAGCCGAGCGCCAGCACGAGGAGCGGCUGAGGAAACUGGACUUUGCCAAGACGGUGGCAGAGCAGAGGGAGCUACAGCUACAACAGGCAUUGGAGGCCUCUAAGGCGCGUGUCGCCAUCUUAGAGGAGCAGCUCGCAGGCUUGAAGCGAGCCGAAGCGGACGCACCGCGCUGCCCGGUGCCUAGCACUGGGGCGCCCGGCACCACGAGGAAGAGCCUGGCAGCGGUUUAUGGGGAGCCCAGGUAUCCGCUGGUGGUGCCGGAGGAAAAUGAGACCGCCUGCGAGAAGGCACUACAGAGCCUUUGUGCUGGGAACUUGGAUGGACAACAACCACCCUUAAGCCAAGUGCUGCAGGCGUGUCAGCACAGCGAGGACGUAACCCAACUGAAGCAAGAGCUCGCCUCCAAGCCUGCGGAGCUUGCGGAGCCUUGUCCAAGCCAACCAGAGAGAUCUGGCGGGAAGAAGUUGGAUGAGGAUGAUGAGCUCCUCAUUUUCUUUUCUGGUGCAGUACGUUGCGAGGGGAACUGUUCCUCAGGACUCAUGCUAUCAUCUCUGAGGGCGACCUUGCAGCAAUCCUUCCAGCUUUUGCUCGAUGGGUUUCUUCUGGCGCUGAACACCGCUCUUGGUGCAGACCCCGAAAAGGGCCGUGCUGCAGCCGCGCGGGCAGCGCAAAUCGGGCGACGGCUUCGGCAACGGCUAGGUGAGCUCAUGGAAGCCAAGGGGGCGGACUUGGAGAAAGUCUUGGAGAUGAGUCCACACGCCUCCGAGCUCCUCCAGCGCUUUUCGCACCACGCGGCCACGAAGACCGAGCAUGCCGCGGCCACGGCGGGAAGGGCUGCGGAACGGCUCAUGGCGCUGCUGCCGGCGGAGCACCGGAGGAUCUGGCCCAGCGAUUCACAGUGGCAGGAGCUGUCUUUGGUCUUCGUUUGGCUUCUCCUUUUGCUCUUCGUCUCCGUGCGGAUCUUGAGCCUCACGACCAAGCUGGCCAUCAAGCUCUUUGUGGUGCUGCCCCGGCAGCUCCUCACCGCCAGUGCCUGUUCAGCCAUCAACUCCUUUGCAAAAAAGCAGUUGCAGCAGGACCAGUGGCAGCUGGCGCUGGUGCAGUUGAGUGCCUUUGAGCUGGAUUUGACGGAGCUGGAUGUUUUCGGCUACAAUGCUGCCAUCAGUGCUUGCGAGAAGGGCCACCGCUGGUUGGCCUCCCACAGCCUCCUGACUCAUUUGCAGCGUUGCAGGUUGCCACCAGAUGAUGUGAGUUCUGGCUCAUUCUUGGCCUCUUUGUCUCCUGACGCUUGGCUUCAGGCCCUGACAUUGCUCAGGUCGGGCUUUGCGACGGCAGCUCCACAGAUUGCAGCUAUAACGACAUUGGCACAGGGGAGGCAAUGGCAGUUUUGCCUGGCUUCGUUGCCGGUGACCAGCGUUGCUCAAGGCUCUGCAGUGGCCGUUCUGGUUGGUGGAGUGUCCAGGUGUGAUCGACCUGUGAUCGCGCAGCUUCUGGAUGAGUUGAACGGCCAGAUGGUGAGAAACCUUCAGCCGAUCUUCUUGCCAAUGCGGUCGAUGCGGGAAGCCAGGGCGGUGGAAGACGCGCGCCGGCGCCAAGAAGAGGUCAAAAGGCUUCGAAGUGAGGCGUCAAUAUGGCGGUUGCUCCAACUUGCCUUCCUGAUGCUGCCCUUAGCAAUUUAUUGGCCGGUCUGGUUUAUGGACCCCAUUACUUUUUGGAAUUGGGUCUCUGUCCUUCUGGCGAGCUACUAUGCAGAGUUUAAUCUGGAGCGCCAAGCGCCACGAAAACCGGACGAUUCGGCGGAGGAGGCCUUUGCCGCGGUGGUGAAAGGCAUCAAGGCCUUCAUGGAUGAAGCCACCAGGGUGGAUGAGGAGUUCCGGCAGCUUUGGCGGGAGACUGUGGACUCCUUCCAGCGGCAGCGGGAACCGGAAUUGAAGGAGCACGCUGCGGAGGUGCAGGGGGCUGUGAUGAACCUGGCCAAAGAACUUCUGCCGAAGGUGCAAGCACAGGAGCCGUUGCCCCUUGAACUCCUGCAGCAGCUGAACGCGGCUGUCCAGCGUUUUGAGUCCCGCUACUCUGGUGCCCUGGGAAAGUCAGACCUCCUGCCAGAGCAAUUGCUCACGGCUGCGCCAGGAUCAAAGUUGUAUCCUGGCCUGCUUAAGAAGGUGGAGGCCAUUUGUCACCGAUCCAUUGCUGACUUUGAGCAGCGUGAGGUGGACACCUUCCGUGCCUGGCUUCAACAAGGAGCUCACGUGGCAGACUUCGACACGAAGGUCAAGGCGCUCUCAGAGGACCGUGAAAGCAAGAUCAAGAGAUUGGUUGAAAUGCAUCAAGACUGCCUGGUGCAAUCCGAUCAUUUGCCACUCAUCGACGAAGUCCAGUUAGGAGAUGGACACAUCAAGGUGAUGAUUUGGAACACUCUGGAGUUUCCAUCUCUGAAUUCGUCGCCUGUGACGGAUGGGAUUUUGCCCUACUGCAGUGAAGUCACAGCGACUUUGGAGCGCAAGACUGCAGAGGAGAGGGCACUGCUUUUGGGGGCACUAUGCUCAGAAGCAGCCAUCAGGGGCCACAUCGACCUCAUUUGGACAAAAGUGCGGGACUUUCUGGAGGACUGUGAUGGCGUGGUCUUACUGCAGGAAGCGAACAAGGAUGUGGUGGCCAAGGUCAAAGAAGAAUGCGAUCAGCGAAGGUGGACCGCCUUGUUUUCUCAAGCCAAUGAAAACAGUAGCAAGUGCAAUGCCAUCACCGGCAUCGUGUCGAAGCAGCCCUUCGAUCAAGAAGCACAGGUGGAAGUUGCAGAAAACAAGAAACUCCGAUUCUUUAUGGCCGCCAGGCAGCAAGACACCUGGUUUGUGUCCUGCCAUGUGCCACUGGUGGUCGGGAAGACGGUAGCGCCAAAAGCCAACGAGGACUUGGCCACCAAAGUGCUUGAGCAGAUCGCCUCCGAUCUACCAGGUGCACGCACUCUCGUCGCCGGCGGCGAUUGGAACGCGGAUGUUUACGAGGUGGCUUCACGCAAGCCGACCGGGCGGCCUUUGCGUCUUUAUGCACCCAGUGGACGCACCGCCUUUGGCAAUCACCACACCAUUGACGGUGUGUUUUGCCUGUCGUAG